AUGUCGGGACGUAAAUUAUUGCGACGAUUUUCUUCUUCGAUUUCUGAUCUUCUUAGUUUGCAAAGAAAGGAAGAGGAAAUUCCAGAAGAGUUGGUUUUGCUUGAAAUUCAAAUUUUAAAGCACAAAAUCUCAAAAAUAUCACUCCAGAUCUCUACCUCUUCACAAUGCUGUUCAAAUGGGAAAUCUUAUAAUGGUGACCAGAUUUGUUGAAUCAAAAACGUGUUGGAUUGAUGAAGAAGAUUCUCAAAAAGGAAAAACAGCUCUACAUUAUUCUAUGGAGCAGUGUAAUUCUGAAAUUGCGUCGGUGCUGCUGAAAAAUGGAGCAAAUGCGGAUUGUGUAGAUUUUGAGGGAUCGACUGCGGCACAUAUUGCGUGUAGAGAGGGAAUGAUUGAUCAUGUGCGUUUGUUUUUUACAUGAUAUAUUUUAAAAGCAACAGAAAACUUCAAUAGUCUUCAAAAGACUUCAGGAAGCUUUUGAAGGUUGUGGGAAGCUGUAAAAGCCUUCAGUAAAAUGGGGUUCAAGCUUCAAAAGACUUCAGAGGGCUUCUUCGCCUCAAAAAAUCUCAAAUUUUGUUCCAGUUCAAUUUGCUCUUCUACUACCAUGCUGAUUUAUGCGCGGUUGAUAAAUGUGGCCGGACUCCAUUUGAUCUCGCUUGCGAAUUCGGCCAAGAAAAAAUGAUGGAAAGAUUGUUAACGUGUGGAAUUCGUCGAGAUUGUCUUCUAAAUGCUUCAGAAUGCCACGUGGCAUCAUCUCUUCAUUUAGCGGCACAAAAUGGACAUGUUCAAAUUGUCUCUCGAUUGUUGGAAAAUGGUUGGGAUAUGAAUAAGGUGACGUGGCAAGGUAGUGCACUUCAUAUGGCUUCUGCUUCCGGCAAAACUCAAGUUGUACGAUUUCUACUUCGAGCUGGGAUCUCAACUGAUCUUGUGAAUUCUAGUGGAUUGACUGCGCUUGAAUGGACCAAAAAGAAUUCCUCGAAAAAUCCGAUUACUUAUAAGGAGAUACGUUUUCUAUUGAAAAGUGAGUGUUGUUUUGGAGGGGAGAGGAGGGGGGUUUUGAUGUGAUGGAAUUUGACAUAACUUGUUUUUUUGGUUACUUUUGUUACGUAUCAUUUAAUUUUUCAGAAUUCAAAAGGUUUUAGAAGGCUUUAGAGGGCUUCGAAAGGAUUCAGAAGAUCUCCAAAGGCUUCAGAAAGCUUCAGAAGGCUUUAGAAAAAUUUAGAAGAUCUCAAAAGUCUUUGAAAAGCUUUAGAAGGCUUCAGAAGACUUCAGAAGGCUUCAAAAGGGUUUUUGAUGUGAUAGAAUGUGACAUAACUCGUUUUUUUGGUUGCUUUUGUUACGUAUCAUUUAAUUUUUUCUCACAAAAAAAAUGGUGUGAAAUGUUUUAAAAUUAAAUCAAUAAAUAUUCGAAAAUGUGUCAAUAUUUACCAAAUCUUCCAAUUUUCCAUAUUAUUAUUAUUAAAUAUGUGUACUGUAUUCAUUUUUAUUAGAAAAAAAGGGAAAAGAUAUGUAUAAUAUGCACUAUAUAUUUAUUAUUUUUCACGGUCACUUACCUUUUUUUAUUGAUUAGUCAUCGCCGUUCGCUAUUAAUACAUUUUUUCGUUUUUUUUUAUUCUCAAUUAGUUUUGCCUACACCUGUUGAGAAUGGGACAGAUUUAUGUUAUUUAUCACCUUCUUUUUAACUGGGAGUAUUUCCUGGAUUUAGUAAAUGUAUCCUUCUGAAUAAUUAGCCUAAGUAAAGUCAAAUCCUCUCUAAUUAUAAUUAUUAAAAAUAACAAAAACAAAACAAGCGGCGUAGAUCAAAAAGAGAUCAAAAAUUUUGCGGUUUUCUUUUCUGGCCCGCCACAAAUUUCUAGGAUGACAAUUGGUGUGUUCCACCCUAGAAAAAAGUGUAAUUUAGCAGGUGAUUUUUUUUAUCAGAAUUUCCGGUUUGCGCGUAUUUUACGCGUCAAAAACUUUUGUUUGCUCAUCAGUUCCGUCAGAUAACUAUUAUUCAAUCGAUAAUUUUUUUGUGUAUGAAUAAAAAAAUCUGGCGUACCAAAAGUACAUUAGCACCAUUUUUUCUCACACAUAAUUAUUCUACCACGCUAUUUUUUGGGUAGAAACAAAAAAAAACAAAAGAGCAAACAUAUGGGCAGCACUUCAAGGUCCUCACUCAAUCAUAAAAUAAAAUAAAUUAUCAAUUUUUACAACCCUCUGGGACCACCCAUUCUAAUUUAGGGCCACCCAGAAAUCGUUUCCUAUAAGUUUUGUCUCCUCCUCCUCUCUUUCUAUAUAGUUCUUUCUUACCUACCUGUUUGUUUCUCUGCGCUCUCUUAUUAUUGCGCACUCUUUGAGUACAUAUUACAUAAUUGUUGUCUGGCGUGUGUUUUUUGCAUUUUUUUCGAUGAGUAACAUUUUUUCUGUAUUUUUUCUAUGUCAAAAGCUUUUUGGUCUUUUUUUUUGUCCAUUCUUUGUAAAUGAAAAUGGAAAAUAAAAAUAAAAAUGCUAAUCAAAUUACAUCCCUCCAAAAAAUUAACAUAUUUUAUUUGGAAAUCAAUAAGCUUCUUUUUUCCCAUUUUUUUCGUAGGCGUCAAAAAAACAGUUUUGUUUACAUUCAGCUUUCCCAUUUUUUCAAAUAUAAAAUUUGCUUUUUUUAUUGGCUCAAUCUAUUUUUUUUUUUUAUUUUCAGAUUCGAAAACCUUCAAAAACGCAACAGCUAUCAGCGAAUAUUGUGGAAUUAAGGCUGACGAGUUGAGUUUUUCGGAAGGCGAUCGGAUUUGGGUGAGUUUUGGAGUUCUUCUGGUUUUGUCGCCAAAGGUUGGCUUUUUUAGAAUUACCGGAAAGGGUCUCUGUUUUUGGCUAACCCAGAAUUUUGUUUCCUAGAAAAUACUUUAUUCUUUGUAAAUCCCUUUAUUUUCUCCAAAACCACUUUUCACGAAAAAAAACUUAGAAAACCAAAAAAGGAAGAAGAAAAGGGGAAAAAUGCCAUAAAUCCAAAUUUUUUCGCUUGUCAGGUCAUUGAACGUAACGAGACGGCCACAAAUUGGAAAGGAAUCGUUUUCGGGCAAAAAGGCAAUUCGAGAAGUGGUUAUUUUCAAGCAAAAACUGUUGUGAUUCAGGACAAUAAAGAAGGUUAGUUUUGAAGGUUUUGGGCCCCUUUUCCACUUUUGUAAAAGAAAAUGGAUUUAAUAUUUAUUUAUUUUUAACUAAAUUAUACAUGAAUAAAAAAUUUAUGAAAACAUCAAUUUUCGGAAAAACGGGCAGGCAGCUGACAGAAAAUUGAUGAAUACAAUGUCCUUGGACCUUUUUUCUCUCGGACUACAUCAACAAAAUAUUUUUCAAUGUUUCAAAAAAUAUGAGAAAUCGGAUAUUUUCAGGAUUUUUUAUAAGCUCUUUUUUCCCAAAGAAGAAAAUCUCUUAUUUUUUUUAGUUCAAUUCAUAGACACUUAUGAUUACUGUACUCUUUUUUUUAUACAAAGCGACAGCUGACCUUGUGAAAGACUGUGCAGAUGUUUUGUUUUUUAGUUACAUUCUUCUUCUCUCUUUUUCAAUGUUUCACAUAUCCACAUGGUUACUAGUAUAUUUUUUGAAUACAAAUUUUUUCUAGAUUUUUGACCAUUCAUUAUGACACUAUUUUUUUUGAAAACGCUCCCUAUAGAAGCAAUUUUUCAAAUGAAAAAAAUUGAAAUAUUUUCAAGCUUCAGAAAAUUUUGAAUUUUGAAUUUUCCUAUAUUUAUCUGAAAAAUCUUAACUUUAUGAAGAAUUAUUCGAUAAAAAAAGAUUUCUGAAAACUUCAAUUUUAUUCUUGAGAAAAGAGGAAUCUUCAAACUAACCCAUUUUUUUACUCUGAGUUUGAAUGGUCUGCAAUUAACUGUCUGUAACCAACGGUCUGCAAAUUGUGUUGUUGCUUUUUUCUUAUAAAUUCUGUAAAAUACAUUUUGUUCCAACUCAAAAGUUUCACAUUUUUCUGAAGAAAACCAACAAAAACCUCUCUUGUUUCUUUUCUCAAUUUCAAAUUACCCCUUCUCGAUUCAACAUAUGUAACAAUAAAAAAUGUACAUACAUUACAAAAUACUAUGCAUCUGGUUGGUUCCCAAAAAUUUUCUCGAAAAGAUUUCAAAAUUUUAUUGAAAAAUGUAUAUGUAGUAAAUAGUUUUUGUUUCCCCAUUUUGUGUUUUUUUCUGUCAGUCAUAAGAAAAUCGUAUUAAUCAUCGUUUUGACCUUUUUUCACUCUUUCGCCGUUCAAACAAAAAACCGCAUUUUUGUUCUGUUUUGCUAGACAAACAGUGUUUUUUUGUGUUUUAGCUAAGAAAAACAACCAAAAAUUGUGUUUCCUUUUUUCUUAUCAUUUUUUAAAACAUUUUCUAAAGCCGUUCUUAUCAGGUUUCAAAGUAUAUUUUUCGCUUAUUUUUUAAGAGUUUUUUUCAUAAAUAAAAAAAUCGCAUUUUUUUCUGAAUCACAUUUUUUUGUUUGAGCUUCAAAGCUUACACACCUUUUUGAGCAAAACAAACAUUUUUUAUCUUUCUUUUUCUGCUCGUCAAAAAGUGCAUUUUUUUGCAAAAAAAACAUAUUUUUCCGGCCAUGGACUCAAUUUCUGGCAAUAAGAAGAAAAAAAUUGGAAAUUCUUCAAGUUUUGUGGAUUUUUAUCGAUCGGCUACACUUCGACCAAGAACACAUCGAUAUAGUUUAGACAAUCGAUUGAGUGGUAAAUAAAAUAUAUUUCAUUUUUUAUUAAUAAAAAAUGAUGACUCAGAUUCAUUUUCUUUCACACAAAAAAAGUGAAAAAAUUAUAUUUUCAUACAAAAAUAUCCUGUUAACUCUUUCUUUUUGCAGUAACAUCAAUGAGCUCCAAACUUUUGACAACAACGACACCAAGAAAUUCAAAUUUGGCGAAACCGGUUCCAAGACCAUCAAUUCCAUCGUUUCACCAUAGACCAGGUAAUUUUAUUUAGAAAAAUUUUUGGAGUCAAAAUAUUUUUUUUUCCAGAUUUGAAUCAGAGCAUGUCGAUGUCUUCAUUCGGACGAACGAACUCUUCAAUGAGUAAUUAUAGUAAUGAAAGUAGUAAUAAUGGAAAUCGGUCAGUUUUUUCGGUCAACUGAUGCUCGUUUUUUUUCAAUUCAAAAUUUUUUAUAUUUUCUUUUAGAAAUAAAAAAAACCAAAUUCUAAAAAAUCCCUCCAAGAAGAAAUAAUUUUUAAAAUUGAAAAAAAGGCAUUUUCCCUUUUUCCUCCCCAAAAAUAUGAAUAUUUAGUUCCAGUCGAAAUGAUUCAAUGAGUCAAUCAACAUUUUCGACAUAUGGCAUGGAUACAGCUUCAAUGUUGGGUGUCAAUCGCAAAAAUUGUGAGUUUUCUAUUUUUCUUUUUUUUCCAAGUGUGAAAAAAACCAUAAAAAGAAAUGAGCAUGAGAAAUGAAGAAUGUGGUACCAAUUAUUCAAAGAGCUGUUAGCACAUUUUUUUUUCAAAAAUGAAUAAAUUCGCGCGUUGCGCGCAAAAUAAGAGAAAAAGUGUGUGUGUGUAUGUGUGUGUGUGCUCUAUGUUAUUCUCUUGCUCCUUCUGCUUUUUCUCCUUUCUUUCCUUUUUUCACGAACAUUAAAUACAUACGAGAUUAUUCGCUUGAAGACUCAUACGAAUAUUUCAUUUUAUUUUGAAAUUUUGCGCGACACUAGGAUUAGGUUUGGGUUGUUUUAUAUAGGAAUUAGGAAAAUUUAGAAUAUUUAAAAUUAAUAGAUUUUUGAAGAAUUUCAUAUUUUCUUAGAAUAUCUUAAGACGGCGAAUCUAGCAAAUCUCUGUAUGCAGACCGUUAGGCGCAGACCGUUGAUUGCAGACCGCGCUUUUUUCUACUUCUUAUCGCAGACCGCUAAGAUUCAUCAAAAUAUAUGUCAUCUCUAACUCUCUCACACUAUAGUAAUUUUCUUCUUUUUUUUUGGAACAUCCAAAUAACAAAAACAACCAGAAGUAAUAUUCAUAUAAAAUUCGAAAAUAAUAAGUAGUAUUAUUUUUUUCUAGUGAUCAAAAAUAUUCUUUGAGACGAAACAGAUGUACACUUUUUAUUUCAUUUCCUUCGAAAUUUUUCUCGUCUUCUUUUUUUUUCAAGAUUUUUCAGUAAUGUAAGGACUCAAGUUUCAAUUUGUUGGAAUUUGAUAUUUUUUUCGUUUUUUUUUUCGAAAGAGAGAGCAAAUUGAUUCACAAGAUUUUUUGGCUUGGCUCUACAAAUUUCGAAACAAAAGAAUUAUUCAUGAUUUUUUCCACCUCAAAGCCUCCCCCGAUUUUUCGUAUAAUUUUCAUAUAUUUUUAGCUCAUAAAGCGGUUUUUUAUGAAGAAUAUAAAAAAGUGAAAUGAAAAGUUGAUUGAGUUUGUUGUGUAAGAAAAAAGCGGAAGAGGCGAAGAAAUUGAGUUGUUGUACAUACAACACAACUCAAAUGCUCCUUUAUUCUCCAUUUUUUCUCCGUAUAAAAAUUGUUCCCUUUUUGUCGAAAAUCGAAUUUUUCAGCUCAAAUGUUCCCAUCAACUUCGGGUUUAUCACCGUGUUCAGCUGCUGAUGGGCAACAUCGAAUUUCAACCGGUUCGAAUUCGAGUUAUGGAAGUUCUGGGUUUGAAAGUAUGAAGGUAAUCAGAAUCAAAUUUUAAACAAUUCAAUUUUGAAUUUUAUUUUUUUUUUCAGUGUUCAGCUUCAACAUCUUCUUCCUCAUUCCUACCGAAUAAUCUUAUCAUAAAUGACACAAAUUCUGAAGCGACGCCUAGUCAAUCAAGCUUAAAUUCAACUGAAUCUGGAGAAAGUGGAAAUUCAUCAAUUGCAUCAAGUAGUGUUCAAACUCUUCAUGAUUCAUUUCAUUCUGCAUCAACUGCUGCUCAAACACCAACACUUAUCAAUGUCACCCAAUUGGUGCAAAAUGGUGUGCCACCAGCUGAAAUUUUAGCAAAUUGGUUGGAUUCGAUUAAUAUGACCGAUUAUUUGUCGUUGUUCUUAAAACAAGGUUAUGAUAUUUUUUCGAUUGGUGAGUUCACGGAAAAAUUCAUAAAAACAUAUCUUGAGUCAAAAAGUCAUUAAAAAAAUGAAAAUUUGACUAUUUUCAGCUCGCUGCACUCCAGAAGAUCUUCUCAGUCUGGGCAUCAAAAAUCCAGAGCAUCGAAAAAAACUGAUCGCUGAAAUUCACGAAUGGAAUUUCCAAGACAACUGGCCAGCACAAAUUCCAAUCGGUGGAAUGCGAGAUUGGCUGCAUUCAAUAGCUCUUGCUGAAUACGUGCAAGUUUUCGAAAGUCAAGGCUAUUGUACAGUUCACGAGAUUCUUAAUUUGACUUGGGAAGAUUUUGAGGAUAUUGGAAUUAAAAGAUUGGGUCAUUUGAAAAGGCUGGGUUUAGCGAUUAAAAAAAUAAAAGAGCAUCGGAGAGCAAGCCAACUUGUGAAUCAAACAAGUCAGCAGAGCUUGUCAAAUUAUCAUCCAAGGCCUUAUGAUCCACCACCACCAGCACCUGGACAUUAUAUGAUUCGAAAUAUGGAUCAAAAUGAUCGUAUUGAUUAUAUAAGUUACACUAGAUCAGCCACAAAAAAACCGCAACCACCAAUUCGAAGUAGUUAUGAUGCAUUGUUCACUGAAGAUGAGCCAAUUCGCUUAAAUUUAGUAUCAACUGGAAAAAUAUUGAGUGAUAUUAGUCGAAUGAAAGAGCAAGAAGGAUAUGAAUCUGGCUCAAGUUCGGAAUGUCCCCCACCACCGGCUCCACUAUUUUGCGAUAGUCGAAGAUUUUUGAGAAAUUCGAAUACUAGUAUGAGUUCUUCGGAACAUAUGCCAUUUGCGAACGAAAAUUGUGGAACUAUCAAAUCGACUGGGAUUAUGAAGAAAUCUUUUGAUUUUCCAACAAGUCUUCCUCCUUUGAUUGCAGUUGAUAAUAGGUUUGUUGGUUUUUUUGUGAGGGAAACGCAGUCCGUUAGAUGCACACAGUUGAACGCAAGUCGUUGAUCGCAGACCGUUCUUCGCAGACCGUUGUUUGCAGACCGUUGAUCGCAGACCGCUGUUUGCAGACCGUUGAUCGCAGACCACUGUUUGCAAACCGUUGAUCGCAGACCGUUCUUCGCAGAUCAUUCUUCGCAGACCGCUCUUCGCAGACCGUUGAUCGUUGAACCGUUGAACGCAGUCCGAUUACACGGCCGCUCACACUUUUUAGCCUAAUAACAUCUUGAGAUAACUCAAAUGAUAUUUUUCAAAACCAACAAAAACACAAUUUUUCGCAGCCUUCCCAAAAGAAAAUCGGACGCCGCCUCAACAUAUCAAGAAAUCGAUGAAAUGAUGAAAAAUCUUGUUGGAGAACUUGAUACAAUGAUGUCUACAUCAACAAUAGCUAAAAAAUAA